UUAUUUAGGUUUCUCAAUCUAGUAGGUUGCCCAACCCACCCAAAAAAAAAAAACAACAAAAUUAUUGCUUUGGUAUCUCAAAAUUCUCAAGAGAAUCGGAAAAAAUGUUUAUUGCAUGCCCUCAAGAAGAACCGGCCAAGGACUUGGGCAAACUUCUCAAAAAACAUCGCCUCAUACCAAAUGUGCUAAAAUGUGAACCGCAAACACUUAUUAAAAUACUCUAUUCUUGCGAUGUGAAAGUGCAACCAAGUGAUUAUCUGAGUCCCGAUGUGGUACGUUUAGCACCCAUUAUCAGAUGGAUGUCAGAUCCACAUAAAUACUAUACUUUGGCCAUGAUUGAGCCAGAUGGGAGACGUGAUAACCAUGAUUACUUGCAUUGGCUAGUGGGCAAUAUACCAGGUUGUGAUGUGGUACAUGGCGACAUUUUGGCCGCCUAUAUAGGAGCACAACCUUCGGUUGAUACGGGCAGACAUCGUUAUCUAUUUGUGGCCUAUAAACAAUAUUGUGAAUUGGAUUUCGAAGAGCCACCCAUGACAGUGGAACAGAAUGAAGGACGUUUUAAUUUCAAUAUCAAUCGUUUUGCUAAAAAAUAUGCUCUAGGCAAUCCCGUGGCAGCAAAUUUCUUUCUAUCCGAAUUUGAAUAUGAUGAUUUUGAUCUAUAGAAAUUAAAGAAAAUAGACAUGAAAAUAAUUAGAUUAA